AUGAGCUCAAUUAAGGAAGAUGUCUCCCAUGUUUCGAAUGGCGAAGAGGGAGGCUUGAAAAAGCUCGACACAGCGCACGGAGAUGAAGCGAUUAAGGUCCUCGCUGUAUAUGAUGGUGAUCAGACAUGGACUGCAGAAGAGGAGAAGAAGCUGCGCCGAAAGAUCGACCUGAAGCUCCUCCCUGUCCUGUGCAUAACUUAUGCAUUUCUUUAUGCCGACAAAGUCCUGCUUGGACAAGCGGCUCUUUUUGGCAUCAAGGAUGACCUGGGCUUGAACAGUGGGAAUCGCUUCUCCAUGGCUUCUUCCAUUUUCUACCUUGGAUUUAUCUUGGGCGCUUAUCCAGUCACUUUCCUAGCCCAGAGAUUUCCCAUUGAACGUGUUGCUUCUCUAGCAAUCAUAGUUUGGGGAACUACUUUGAUCCUCACUCCCGCUUGUACGAAUUUCCAGGGAUUGUACGCGCAAAGAUUCUUUCUUGGCUUCACGGAGGCCGGCAUCAGUCCUAUUUUCAUGAUGAUCGUCGGUGGAUGGUAUAAAAAGGAUGAACAGUCCCUGAGAAUGGGUGCCUGGUACUCAUGCACAGGUUACGUGUCCAUUUUCUCGCCUCUUGUUAACUACGCGAUCGGGCACCUCGGAGGAAAUCUCGCCCCGUGGUUCUAUAUGUACCUUUUCGCUGGGGCUCUCACCAUCAUCUGUGGUGUCGUGAUUUACUUUGUCCUCCCAUCCGAUCCUAUCCGAGCCAAGGGCUUCAACGACAGAGAGCGCUUCAUUGCAGUAUCUCGCAUGAGAACGAACAACUCCGGAGUCAGAAACACGCAUUUCAAAGGUGGUCAGGCCAUUGAGCUCCUGACCGAUAUCAAGUUUUGGCUUAUUUUCUUCUACGCUCUGUGUGGUAUGUUCGCUAAUGCACCGAUUUCGACCUUCCAGGCUAUCAUUAUUGACGGCUUUGGCUUUAACCCACUUAACUCGUUGCUUCUCAUGAUACCUUCUGGCGUUUAUGCCGGUACCAUGAUGUUGAUCACAACCUACCUGGCUUACAAAUUCCCCGGCUGGCGUGCAUAUCUCGUCAUCAUGUCCCAAUUGGUUACGAUGACUGCUGCUAUUAUGCUCUGGCUUCUGCCUCGGUCGGAACUUGGAGCACUGCUGUUUGCCUGCUACAUUCUCACGACCACCGGCGCUGGAUAUGCAGUGACAAUGGGUCUUUUCCUUGCGAACAACGCCGGCUACACCAAACGAUCGCUCGCUUCUUCGGGCUUGUACAUUGGAUACUCCCUUGGCAAUUUCGCAGGACCCCAGGUCUUCCGACAUGAAGAUUCACCUCAUUAUAAUCUGGGAUUCAUCGUGGUGGUCAUCACCGCGAUCAUUGCGGGUCUCUUUGUUUUGGUAUACCGAAUCCUCUGCUCAAUGGAGAACCGCCGCCGUGAUAGGAUGGGAACCGUGGAAGGCUUUGAACAUGCCUAUGAGGAUGACUUGACUGAUAAAAUGAAUAUGCAAUUCCGGUAUUCAUUGUGA